AUGACUGGCUAUAAGUUACAAGGGAUUGUUGACUGGGUGAGGACUGGCUAUAGAUUACAGGGGAUUGUUGCCUGGGUGAUGACUGGCUAUAAGUUACAAGGGAUUGUUGACUGGGUUAGGACUGGCUAUAGGUUACAGGGGAUUGUUGCCUGGGUGAUGACUGGCUAUAAGUUACAAGGGAUUGUUGAUUGGGUUAGGACUGGCUAUAGAUUACAGGAUAUUUUUGACUGGGUGAGGACUGGCUAUAGAUUACAGGGGAUUGUUGCCUGGGUGAUGACUGGCUAUAAGUUACAAGGGAUUGUUGACUGGGAAAUUGAUGACAGGAGAGGAUUUGUUGUAAGCUACACGAUAUUGUUGAUGGGUGGGCCUCGACCUCAGCAAGGUUUUCCCCAGAGUAGUGGGCCCCCAAAUAUGUUCCCUGGUGGUCCUUCAGGUCCUAGAGGACCACAACCUGUCCCAAACCAUCCUCAAAUGGGUAUGCCUCCCCCCGGGCAUCCCCAACAUCGCCCUCAUGGACCAUUCCCUGGUUCCAUUGAUAAUAGAUUUGGUCCUCCCCCUCAGCAGAGAUUUCCAUCACCGGGAGGCAUGAAUCAGUUCAACAAUCCACCCCGCCAGCACCAGCCCGGCCCAGGAGGACCUGGUCUAUUGGGCAAUGCACCUCAUCAGCACCCUAGGGGUAACCAGUUUCCACCUCACAUGAAUCAGAACCAGCGUCCUCCCCAUCAUGGUGGACCAAGGCAACAGUUCCAUCUGAACCAGCAAGGUAAUCCAGGUAACCAAGCCAGUAGAGGUAACCAAGGUAAUCAGCAACACUUUCAGCCUCCAAUGCCACCACAUCAGAUGAGGAUGCCCCAGAAUAAUCAGCAGCCUCGUCAUCCCAUGCAGCAACAUCUGCCCCGGCAACAUCAUCCACACCAACAACAGCCACGCCAACAACAGCCACAUAUGCAAAAUCAGAACCGACAGAAUCAGUUCCAGCCAAGACAGCAGUUCAGUGGCAACAAAAGAAACUUCAACAGGACAUCCCAGGAAGACAAUCAACAGAUUCAGAGUAUACAGGUGAUCAGUCGUGGAAAACGCCAGCCUGCAGACAAAGACAAAAUUGAACACUCUCCUGCUAAAGUAGCGAAGUCAGAGGAGAUAGUUGACCCAGUUUUAAAAGCCAAAUUGGAAGAGCAAAAACAAAAGAGAGAUCGCAUCAUUAGGUUAAAGGAAGCAAGAAGACAGGCUUUAGCUGGUGUGAGGAGAUCUCAGCUAGAGAAAAAACUGGCAGAGGAAGGAAAGACCAUAGCUGAUGUAGAAAAGAGUGUUGUUUCUUCUCCAGCAGUUAAAAAUAACACAAUAGGCCAAGUUGUGAGGCAAAAUAGUGCUGGUCAUCAAGGUCAAGGUCAAAACCAGAGUCAGCAUUUUCAGCACCGGGCCCCUAAUACGGGACAGCCACGAUUUGGCCCAAGGCAAUCCCAACAGUUAGGUGGUCCGCGUGGGCCAGGACAGACCGGUCCAAGGCAACGCUUCCCUGGUAACAGGCCAGGUGGUCCAAGAGGAGGACAACACCUUGAGGGUCCAAGACCUCCAGGUCCAAGACCUCCAGGUCCAGGGAAUACCAACCCACCAAAUACAAAUGUUCAACGUCAAAAUUCUCAACCAGGCAAUCAGAACAGACAAGUAAAUAUGCCUAGUCAGACAACAUCUCAGGGAAAUACUAACCAAAAUGCUAGCUCUGGAAAGGAUGGGAACCUGGUUCUGAAACAGAGGGUUACCAUUCUGAAGAAAGAUAUACAUGGAAAAGUGAUUUCUAGAACAAUUAUGUUGAAGAAUAUCAGCAAACCAGGAGGUGUUAAAGAUGACCGUAAGGUGACCAUUCCUGGUGGUAACACACAGAGGACAGUGGUCAACAAGCCUGCAGGACCUGUUCAGAGAAAAGUUGUCCAAAAUCAGGAAGGCAGGAGGGUGGUUGUUGGAGAGUCACCUCGCAUGUCCAAGGUUGUGUCUGUUGACAACCUCUCUGUGUCCACCACGGAAGCUAACAUCAGGAAGAUGUGUUUUGGCAUCGGAGAGGUAGAGGAUAUCCAGUUAAUGAAGGGUCAGAAGAAAGCCUUGGUAACCUUCCAUGAUGUUAACAGUGCUGCUCAAUUCUCAAAGAAAUUUAAUAGGCAUAUGUUGGAUCUCUCUCACAUAAACGUGACACAUCUCCCAAUCUGAGGUUAUCUUCUACCACCAGGCAGGCUGACACUCUGAAUGUGAUCACAGACAGCUUUGAUAUGCAACCAAGGAUGAAGAUAAUUUAAGGUGAUGCUGGAAUAUUGCAUUUACUUGAACAAAGUAUGUACAACAUCUCGGACAAAGAGUUGCAACAGAAAAGACACACAUGUUCACUUUAGCUUAGAUGCAUUUACAUGUGAUGAAUGC